UCUAGUAAUGAUUGUGGCCAAAAAAUGUUGCUUCUGUAUAUCUUUACAAACGGGGUGCAUUUUUAUUGCACUGCUUGGAAUAUUUUUGGCUGGCAUGAAUAUUGAUUAUAUUCUUUUUCUUUUAAACAGAACUUAUGCCCGAGAAAUCCAGUAUAAAUUCCCAGCCCAAGUACUUUACACCGUCUUACAACUUAUUCCGGAUAUAAUAUCAGUUUUGGCAGCAGUAUUUCUGAUAUUUGCAGUUAUAUCGCAAUAUUUGUGGACGUUUUGGACAGCUCUGAUUUUGUAUGUGGUUCAGGCAGUCUACCUGGUUUUAUUCAGCAUUAUUUCAGCGUCAUUAGGAACCAAUUUAAUAAUAAAUGAAAGCAUUUGGCAUAAUAUUACCUAUUGGUUGUACGUGGUAUUUUGGCUUGCUCUGACGUUGUACUUUAUGUUCAUCAUUUAUUCGUACUAUCGGGAGCUAAAGGAAAGACAAACUGAAAAUAUUGCUGAAUAAGUAAAUGUAAAUGAAAAAAAGUAAAAAUAAAAAUAAAAUUAUAGUAAUGUCAGUAUACCAUUUAUAUUUC